UUCUCUUGUCCAAAAACCCCAAAAAAAAAAAAAAAAAAAAAGUCCCAACUCAAUGAGCCUAAAAAUAUUCAAUUUACUUGCAUAGACAAUAACGUAUUGCAGAUUAUUUUAGACAUAAUUAGGACAUGAAGGGUGUAGAUAAUAUCUUUAUUGAUACUCAGGGAGGGUGAGAGAGAGAAAGAGAGUUGAGGAUUGGAACAAAAAGAUGAAUAAAAUACAUGGGGAAAUGUUCAAAGUUAGAGAUGGGAUAAUGUUCUUCUACCUUAGAUUUAUUUUUAAGAACUUUUGAGAGAAAUUUUUUUGGGAAAGAAGAAAUAGCUCUGUCAGUGAUUAGGAUAUAGCAAGCUUCAAAAGUCUAAUAAAUGGAAAGAGAGACAUGGAUUCUCUCCCAUUAUAGAUAAAAAAGAAAGCUCAGUUUGCAUAAGGUUAAAGAUGAAGUCUCAUAAAUUUCAGCUUCCCUGAAACUACUUUGCCUUUUGCUUUUCUGCACAAGUGCAUUUACAUAAUUAUUUCUCAUUAUUUUCUUCUUCUUUUUUGAUUUUCCUGUAAUACUUGUUUCUUGGUUUGCAGUUUUUCCUAUUGCCUCUUAUGAUGGUAAUUCUUGAAGCUUGGUCAGAAUUGUUAGCUUGGUGAUGAUAAUCAAUAUGUGUUCAGAAACAAGUCCGCCAAGAAUAUCUUUCUCCUAUGAUCUUGGCCCUGAAGAUGAUGAAGAUGAUCAACCAGUACUUGAACAAAAGCAAUCAAGAAGGGACACAUCACUUUUGGAUUCCAAUAGCGAUUUCGAUUUCAGCUUCACAAGCAGCUGCUAUGGACAUGAAUCUUCUUCAGCAGAUGAGCUUUUCUCUCAUGGAGUAAUCCUUCCAACAAAACCUAGAGAAAGAGUUUGUUCUCCAAAAAGGAGGAAAGACAAUGAAAAAAACCCACGUCUUCCUUCUCUUCCCCCUCUGCCGAGUCCGAAGAAAGAUGGUGAAAAGGAAGCCAUGGUUGUGAGCUCUGAUAUUGAGCAAAAGCCUCCUCAGUCCUCCAAUAAGUCCUUCUGGGGUUUCAAGAGAAGUAGUAGUCUCAACUAUGAUAACAAAAGGAGUUUGCUUUGUUCAUUACCACUUUUGUUAAGGAGCAAUUCGACCGGGUCGGUUUCGAAUUCGAAAAGAUCAUUGUUUAAGGAUUUUAACAAGCAUGGUUCAAAGCAACCAUCAAUUUCACUGUCAAAGUCAGCAUCAGUUUCAUCAUCAUCGUCAUCAUCAUCAUCUUUUUAUUCGACUUCAAAUCCAUAUCCAGUUCUGCAUAAACCUCCACUGAAGAAGAACAAUGGAGGAGGAGGAUCUUAUGGCAAUGGUGUUAGGAUUAUUCCUGUAAUAAAUGUACCACCUCCUUACAUUUCUAAAGGAACUGCAAAGUUCUUUGGUUUGGGUUCGUUUUUACACCCUGGUAAAGAUAAAAAAACCAAGAAAUGACUUGGUAUUUUUUUGUUUUUUCCCCCCCUUCAAUUUUGCUUUUGUACUUGUUGUGAGAAAAUGAAAAAAGCUUGCAAAGGAGGGUAAUUUUUUUU